CCACUUAUAUAGCAACUAACUAAGGUUGUGGAGGAUGCUUCAGAAGCCUCAGUCUGUGGUUCCUUGCUCCAUGACUCUGAACUGUGCUAUAAAAUACAGUAACAUGCAAUUCAUGCCCUCUACAUGAGUGAGCCCUCGUAGGUGCAGAAGAAGAGUAGGAACACUUGGAGAAAUGCUUCAGAGGAGACGAAUGGAGAGAUUGCCUGCACUGCACCUGGCAGUGGUGUCUCUGCUAGGCUUCUUCUGCCUCAUCCAUGCUUCAAGGGCUGCGACUUCAUUCCCACCUGCGGCCCCGAGGGUGCCCCUGCAGAAGACCGACGCAGUCCUAGCUUCCAGUGGAGAUAGCCAGGCCGCCGUCGUAGUGGCAGAGCCCGACCGCGGCGGUGUCAGCAGAAGGAUAGAGAGGGAGAUGGAGCUGGAGGACUACCCGGGGUCCGGGGCCAACGACCGCCACUCGCCGUGGUGGCGGCAAGAGAGGAGGAACUGAGAACAUGGAGCAAAGCUGCAUGUGUGUUCCUAGUGUUGCACGGUUGUGUUUGUAUGUUUCUCAAACUGUAAUA